AUGAAAGGCCCGCUGACUGCUUACGACAUCAGGAAGAUGAUCCAGGACGAGAACACCAAGUUUGCGGAGGACCGGGAGAUUUUGCUGCGGAAAAAUAAGGAUGGCCGCGCCUACAAAGCCAUCAACGUCCGUGCCCCGAUGAAUAAGGUGUUCCGGAGGUUUGCCGAGAUUCUGAGGCUGAACAAGAUGCUGUUUCCUCAUCCUGAGCGCACCAUCACGCUAGACGGCAAGCCGGUGAUCUGGGAAACGCAGUUCGAAGAGACUCCGUACAACGUUCUCUCAGAAAACCGGCUGCUCGAGUUCAUGGAGUUUGACCCCCAAUUCGUGGAGGACCUCAAGCGCAAGCACCGCAACAUCCUCUCGAGCCUUCCUAAGCGCCCUGUGGAUUUCUACCGCGGAACAGGAUACACCAUGGUAGGCGGUGGAAUGUAUACGUGGUAUGCGUACCUGUCGAUCAAAUCGCUGAGGAAAACCGGCUCGAAAUUGCCGGUCGAGAUUGUCAUUCCCCAGAACGACCAGUACGAGCCGAAACUGUGCGACGAUGUCUUCCCAAACGAGCUGAACGCAACAUGCGUGAGGCUGUCGCAGGUCCUAGGAAACGACACCCUCAAGUCGCUCGGAGAACUGAAAGGGUACCAGCUCAAGUCUUUUGCCAUGCUGGCCAGCUCGUUCGAGAACAUGAUGUACCUGGACUCGGACAACUUUGCUGUAUCCAACCCAGACCAUUUAUUCGAGUCGAGUCUGUACAAGAAGUUCCGCAUGGUGACUUGGCCCGACUUCUGGAGAAGGACCAGCUCUCCGCUUCUGUACAAGAUCCUGAACAUCAAAGUUGGCAAUUUUCCGGUGCGGCGGCUCAACGAUUUCUACACGCCGACAGAAAAGUACGUGACGAAGGACGAGCUCAUCGAAGUCGAGGACCAGAUCAAUUUCCACGACAGACUGGGCACGCUUCCCGACUGGACCUCGGAGAGCGGCCAGAUCCUCAUCAACAAAAAGGAGCACUUCAACACGCUUUUGCUAUCUCUGUAUUACAAUUUCGAUGGCCCCGCUGGCUACCACCCGCUGCUGUCCCAGGGCGGCGCUGGAGAAGGCGACAAGGAGACGUUGGUUCUGGCAGCCCACGUUCUCAGAAAGCCCAACUACCAGGUCUAUCGCAAGCCUGAUAAGCUCUACGGCACCUUUAUCAAGCACGCCAAGUUCUUCGUAGACUCAACCAUCGUUCAGUUUGAUCCUGUGGCUGACUACGAGAAUCUCAAGAAAGCUGUGAAAAGUAACAUGCAGAGCAUGGAGAACCUGCAGAGCUCGUAUGUCUACAGCUACAUGCAUACUUUUGGAAGCUUUGCGUUCGAGAAGUCUCCCGGAAAGCCUCUGUUUUACCACAUCCAUAAUCCUAAGAUGGAUCCUUUCGACUAUGUUGAAAGAAAUCUAUUUACUGACCCAAACGACAAGGAGCUGCGCAAUUUCGGGAAGAACUUCCCUCAGAUCGGAUACGACAUUGAGCUCUGGAUAUGGGAGCUGGUGCUCGAUACGCUGUGCGGGCGGAAGUUAGAGUUUGCAGGGUUCGCCGGCAGAGACAUGACGCAGAUUUGCAACAGCACUCUUAUAACAGACCGAUUAGAGUACCUUAGAAGAACGGGCGCUGGAUUGCUGGGGGGGUCUCAGGUGCCACAUAUCGAGGUGACUGAGGAUCCCGAAUUAGACCAAUACAUCUUUGACAAGAUCAGCGAGACACAGAAAUACAAGAAUAUAGAAUGA